AUUAUUUAGUACAAUAGUUCAUGCAUCUCUCCAAAUUUCGGUCGUCUUCUUCUUGGUAAACAAAAAGAAGUGGACAUAAAAGAGAAACAGAAAGCAAAAAGGACAAAAAAAUUUUGACCAGCAUUUACUCUUGUUUUCUAGUAUAGUUUUUACUUUGUUUGGUCUUCCUCUUUCUCAGAACCGUAACCGCUUCAUUGAUACCUAAGUUGCUGAUUGUGCUUCUUACUUGACUUAUUAUCCCCUGUGACUCGAAUUCUAAAGAUUGCAUCUUGGGUUGCUCAGAAGACACAUUAGGUGACUUUGGAAUUCUUAAGAACGCAUUGUAGUUUGCCAAGAAGAUACAAUAAGGGAAUCUCAUUCUUUGAUAAAGUAUUUGACAGGGAAUCUCAUUCAUCUGGGUUAUUGAGAAAUUUCAGUGUAGCCAUAAUGCGAGCAGCUGUCAUCUGAGUUUGAAAUGCUAGGAACGACAAAAUUGUACAUAGCUAUAUGUUUCCAGGAAGAUUUUCUAUGAUGGAUGUAAAUCCUAGGUAUGUGGUUGAAAGGGAUAAUGCUUUGCAAAGAAUUCAGCAUGACUUGUGGCCACUGGAUGAAAUUGAUCCAAAGAAAGAAAAGUUCCCUUGUUGCCUUGUUUGGACUCCUCUCCCUGUGGUUUCUUGGCUUGCACCUUUCGUCGGACAUGUUGGCAUAUGCAGGGAGGAUGGUACUGUUGUAGAUUUUUCUGGAUCCAACAUGAUUAAUGUUGGUAAUCUCUCAUAUGGAGCUGUAGCCAGAUACUAUCAGCUAGAUAGACGGCAGUGCUGUUUUCCUCCCAACCUUGCUGGACACACAUGCAAGCAGGGUUAUCAACACGCGGAAUUUGGGACAGCAGUAAGUUGGGAUGAUGCUCUUCACUCUUCUAUGUGCAGCUUUGAGCAUAGAAAUUUCAAUCCUUUCACUUGCAACGACCACUCAUUUGUCGCUAAUUGCCUGAACCGGCUAUCCUAUGGAGGAUCAAUGAAUUGGAACAUGGUUAAUGUUGGAGUUCUUGUACUGUCCAAGGGGCAGUGGGUUAAUAGCUUGUCAAUCUUAAGAUCAUUUAUGCCUUUCAUUGUCAUGGUUUGCUUUGGACUUUUAAUGGUCGGGUGGCAGUUUCUGAUUGGUAUAUCAAGCUUUUUUCUUCUUGUUGCUGGAUGGUAUAUCUUGGCAACUUACUGUUUCAACAAUCUGGAUGAGUAUUAGGUGGUUGACAAAGAAACUGAAAAUGUUUUUCCUUAAUAAACUCUUCUCUUGUUGAAGAACUGGACACUUAUUUCCUGUAAUGUAAAAAAAUGUUGUAUGUAAUAGCAGAAUCCUUUUUAUCCUUUAGCUUAACAAGUUA